UUUACACAUAUGAUGAGCAAGAUGGAGAGUUCAGGCGGAAUGGAGAGGCAUUACAAAGUAUAUAUUGCAAUGUUGUUUGUGCAGGUUAUUUAUGCGGGUAUGGCACUGUUCUCCAAGGCUGCCAUUGCCAAAGGAAUCAACCCUUUUGUAUUUGUUGUGUACAGACAAGCUUUUGCCACUCUUGUCUUGGCUCCAUUUGCUUUCUUCCUUGAAAGAAACAAGGAUUGUUCUUUGUCCUACAUGCUAAUCUGCAAGAUUUUCUUGAUUUCCUUAUGUGGAAUAACUCUGAGCUUAAAUCUUUACUAUGUUGCAAUCAACUACACUACUGCAACAUUUGCUGCUGCCACCACCAACACAAUUCCUGUCAUCACCUUCCUCAUGGCACUUUUCCUUAGGCUGGAAAGUGUUAAUUUAAGAAAAUUACACGGGACUGCAAAGGUGUUAGGCACGAUUUUUGGUGUUUCUGGAGCACUCGUGUUUGCUUUCGUGAAGGGUCCUUCUAUAAAAUUCAUAAAAUGGGAUUCAACAACUCAAAAUCAGAAUUCAGAAUCAUCAUCAAUAUUCCAAAAUCAUUCCGUAGGAGAAUGGAUCAAAGGCUCUCUCAUUAUGCUCUCAGCCAACACAGCUUGGUGUUUAUGGCUUGUUUUACAGGCACCAAUUGUCAAGCAAUAUCCUGCAAAGUUAAGGUUCAUUAGUCUGCAAUGCUUCUUCAGCUGCAUGCAAUCGGCUAUUUGGGCAGUCGUGGUGGAGAGAAAUGCAUUGGCAUGGAAGCUCGAAUGGGGAUUACCUAUUCUCUCUGUAGCUUAUUGUGGUAUUGUUGUGAAUGGUAUUACUUACUGGUUACAAGUUUGGGCUAUAGAGAAGAAAGGUCCAGUUUUUACAGCAAUGUUCACUCCAUUAGCACUAAUCAUCACAGCCAUCUUCUCAACCUUCAUUUGGAAAGAAACCCUUUAUUGGGGAAGUGUUGGUGGUGGUGCACUUCUGGUGGGUGGACUGUACAGUGUGCUGUGGGGGAAAAACAAAGAAGAGACAGAAAGGUUGAGAAAGAUCCAAAAUGCAGAUACCAACGUUUUAAUGGAGUGCGUUACACAACACUGAUUUUGUCUGAUGGGAAUUUGGUUUUUUUUUAUGUAAAAACCAAACAGGGCAUUAAUAUUCCAUACACACACGCACACACACACACAUAUAUAUAUAUAAAAGCUUUACUCUUGCAUUUCUCUAGUUCUCUGUAUGUCUUUUUUUUAGUAAUUAUAUUAAUUAAUUAUAUUAGGAAUAUAUGCAGAAUUAGAGGUUGUAUACUUCA